UCUUUAGAGUCGAUAGGACUCCUUUUCGUUUGUUUUCUUCCCUCUCCGUUUCCCCCUAUCUCACUCUUUCUCUUGUGUGCGAUCGAUGGACUACGAUUUCAGGAAUCGAGCGAGCUCACCUUACGAUUCUCAGAUCCCGAUGUACAGACAGGCUGCGGUAUCAUCAGCGCCUUCUAGCCACCCGAUGUACGGGCAGUCUCUCUAUCCGAAGGUUGGUCAACCGGGGCACAACGGGUUCCCUCCCGUCGGUCGCCAUCCGUCGCACAGCCAGACAUCUGCUCCUUCGUCUUCUUCGUCAGGAUUGGGGAUUAGAGUUGCUUUGAAGCCAGAGUAUCGUAUUUUGCCUCCGCCACAAUUAUCACCACAAAUUGGAGAUAUACCCAGGAUCAACUUCCGGUUUGACUUUGAACUAGAGAGGAAAAUUUUGGCUGAAGCAGAAAAGGAAAGCCAGAAUUGGAGCAAGUUUGGGCUGGAAAAUCUUCCCUCUAGAACUCCAGAGAAGACAUCAUCGAUGGGUUCACCGGCGGAUCCGGUGGUGAGCAAGUAUAUUGCAUCAGGACUCAAUCGAGAGGCUGUUCCUAUUGCAGUUGCUAAUUAUGGAGACAAUCCAACUAAGGUUCAAGAAUUCGUCAAAGGCUACACCCUUCUACGAGAAAUGGGGUUCUCGACGAACAAUGUUGCGGAAGCUUUACUCAUGUAUGACAAUGACACAGACAAGGCAUUGGCUCAUUUCCUCAAUAGUUCGUGAGCAUACUGGUGUAGCUAAUACCGGAUAUCAAGGGAGGCCCGGCCCACUUGUAAAUGAAAGGGUGGAGGCAUGUAGUUUGAGUAGGCUUUAACUUGAUCUGGGCUUUCUUCUUAGCAGGCCCGACCCACGUGUUAAUGUAAGGGUGGGGACAUUAGUUUGAGUGGGCUUUAACUUAAUCUGGGCUUUCUUCGCAACUGAGCCGGAAAUAGGCCCGGCCCACGUGUUAAUGUAAGAGGGGAGGCUCGUUGUUUGAGUGGGCUUUAACUUGAUCUGGGCUUUCUUCGUAAUUGUGCCUGAAACAGGCCCGGCCUACCUUUUAAUGUAAGGGUGAAGGCUCUUAGUUUGAGUGGGCUUUAACUUGAUCUCGGCUAUCUUCGUUGCA